GUUUUUCUUCCAUUUAGUUAAACUAUGUGCCUGUGGUAAUUCUUUUUUUCUGUUGUCAGGGAUCAAAUUUAACAAAGUCAAUAGCUAAGAUGUCUUUUUGGUUCAGUUGUUUUCAAAUUCUUUUAAUUCACAGAAUAAAUAUAAGCAACCGUAAUAAAAUAUGAAACGAGAUGAAUUUUAUUUGGUAGUAUAAAUGUGGUAUAUAUCUGCACUGCCUUAUAUGGCUCAAGACAUUUAUUAGUUUGAGCCUUCAGGGUGUUUAAACGUGGUUAGCAACAUGCUUACAAUAUCCACCACCAAUACUGAGUUAAUUAGCUUGAUACAAUUAUUUCUCUCAUCUUCAUUUUCUUCUUUAUUAAGGAUAAGGGCAUUUUUGUAGAAGAGAUUUACAAGCACUUCCUAUUUUAAGCUGUUCAAAAUCCCACUGUCUCCUUAGUUUUGUACUCAAGGUGCUUUUAUUGUCUAUCCUUCAUGCAUGGUUGUCUUGCAGAAUGCAUGUUAGACUUUCAAAAACAUUUGGCUGAUAAUUAUGCAGCGGUAUUGUAUUUGGCCCACUUUGUUAUGGCUUUUUAUUUUUAUUUUUUAUUUUUUCAGAGACACAAGGGAGAACCGCUUCGCGUAUACAUGGAUCUCGAAGCUGGCCGAAAGAGAUCAGGCCGAGAGGAUAUAUAUAUUAGUUAUCAUGCUGAAGAUGAUGUACAGUCAACCUAUGCUGGUACUCUGUUUCACAACAGUCGUAACUAUUACAUCUCCAACAAGAAAAACAACGAGAAACUUGUUUAUUGGUCUUCAUCACGAUGUCUUUCUCAAAGGGAUGAACUUGCAAAGAAGUUCCUUGGCUUGGUGCCGCAUCAUUCAUUUGGCAAGUGCCUAAAUAAUGUUGGUGGAUCAAACGUGGCUCUUUCUUUCUAUCCAGAAUGUGCAUAUGAUGCCAACGUUGAACCGAAAUGGUGGGAUCAUAUACAUUGUGCCAUGUCUCACUACAAGUUUGUUCUUGCAAUUGAGAACACUUUUACUGAAAGUUACGUGACGGAGAAGUUAUUUUAUGCCUUGGACUCCGGUGCAGUUCCUAUCUAUUUUGGUGCACCAAACGUCAUGGAUUUUGUUCCUCCACAUUCAAUCAUAGAUGGUAGUAAAUUCAGCUCGUUGGAAGAAUUGGCUACAUACGUGAAGGCCGUGGCUAAUGACCCAUUAGCCUAUGCAGAAUACCAUGCAUGGAGAAGGUGCGGUGUAUUGGGUAACUAUGGAAAAACCCGAGCAAUGAGCCUUGAUACAUUGCCAUGCAGGUUAUGUGAGGCUGUUAGCAGAAAAGGUGGUAGAAGUGCAAGAAGCUAGGUUGCAACCUGUAUAGGCGCACACUUGCUUCACUUAUCUAAGUCAUUCGACCAAAAAAAAGGAAAUAAAAAUCAAAGAAAAGUUACGGAAAUAUAUCAUUAUUCCCCCCCCCCCCCCCCCAAUUUCUGAUAGAAAGUUGUUAAUGUUGCUAUCUCCACCUAGUCAAUCUAGACUACACUAUAGUUAGUUGUUGUUUAUUAUGUAUAAUUUUUAAGAAACACGGACAUAUGUCAACUUGCAAUGACACUAUGACAAUUCAUGAACGAAAUGCAAACA